AUGCACAAAACGCUAACUCUGGCAAUCAUCAAGCCACUCACUUCCUUCUCCGAAACAACAUUAUUUCGGAAACGAAACACCAGUUCAAUGUUCAAUGCUCUGUCACGACUAGAUUCACAUUCCAAUGAGUUAAAGAGUGUCUUUGACCAUUCCGAUAGGAGGAAUUAUUGCUCGCAUUAUAUGAAGAAUAACAAUGGACAUCAACUCAGCAGCCCUCUGCUCCGAAAAACCUCCAUGUCAGCCCUCUGCUUGAACAUCGCCACAACGAAACGAUUUUAUUCGGAAGAAGUUUUUUCAUACAGCAAGGAAGAGGAUGUCAAUGAUCCCUUGUACGUUUCUGAGGAAGAAAAACGACAAAAAUCGGAAAAGAUGGGAAUGUUUUAUACGUGCAAACCUUGUAAGCAGAGGCAUUACAUUGAAUUUUCCAAACACUCGUAUUAUAAAGGUGUCGUAAUCACACGAUGUAAGAAUUGCAAGAGUCUUCAUCUUAUUGCAGAUCAUUUAGGAUGGAUUAGUGACAAUAAGCAAUCUUUGGAAGAAAUGUAUGGGAAGAUUGUCAAGCAAUCAGACUUACUCAAACAACAAACAACAACGGAAAAGAAUGAUAAAUAA